GUCCAGCGGUAAGUCUGGUCCACUUCCGGGUGCCAGGCCUACUUCCGGCAGCCGCGGUACACUGAAAUCUGCAGGCUGGUCUCUUCUGAACCACUCUCCAGGCAUCUGGGUGACUGAACAAAGAGGAGGAAGCUGCAAUGUCUGCCGCAGGCGUGGCAGUUCCAUACCUACACCAUCCUGGUGACAGUCACAGUGGCCGGGUGAGUUUCCUGGGGGCCCAGCUUGCUCCAGAGGUGGCAGCAAUGGCCCGGCACCUGGGGGACCUGGACAGGGGCACGUUCAGAAAGCUGUUGAAGUUGGUGGUCAGUGGCUUUCAGGGCGAGGACUGCCGGGAGGCUGUGCAGCGGCUCAGGGCCAGCACCGACCUGUCAGAGGAGCGGCUGGGUUCCCUGCUUGCAGGCACACACACACUGCUCCAGCAGGCCCUCCGGCUGCCCCCAGCCAGCCUGAAACCCGAUGCCUUCAAGGAUCAGCUCCAGGAGCUCUGCAUUCCCCAAGACAUGGUGGCAGACUUGGCUAGCGUGGUGUUUGGAAGCCAGAGGCCCCUCCUCGAGUCUGUGGCCAGGCAGCAGGGGGCGCAGCUGCCCCAUUUAGCUGACAUCCGGUGGCGGGUGGACGUGGCCAUCUCCACCAGCACCUUGGCCCGAUCCCUGCAGCCAAGCGUCCUGAUGCAGCUGAAACUAUCUGAUGGGUCAGCGCACCGCUUUGAGGUUCCAGUGACCAAGUUCCAGGAGCUGCGGUACAAUGUGGCCCUGGUCCUGAAGGAGAUGGCUGACCUGGAGAAGAGGUGCGAGCGCAGACUGCAAGACUGACUGGGGCUUGCCAUUCUCCUCUGAGGCCCACACACAUCCCUUGUCCCCAGAGCACAGCCCACCUUUUUUAGGGGGCUCUGUGAAGUAACCAUGUUACACUGGGAAAAGAAACAAUUAGCUUUUUUUUUUUUUUUUUUUUACACAAGUAAAGCAGCUAUUAAAAAGA